AUGACCAGAAUGAUGAAAGACUUAACAAAAAAAGAUAAUUUACAAAAACAGAAUGAGCAAAAUUCAGGGUUUCGAUGUUAUGCAUGUCAAAAGGAUAGUCAUAUAUCACGUGAUUGUCCAGAAAAAGUGUUGAAAAGUCAAUAUACGAACAAAUUCGAAGAACAUCAGAAAAAGGACCAAAGCUCGAACAAAGAAAAUGAAAAGCAAAAGGACCCCAACGUACGUCUAGUGGACUUCACAAAAGAGGAGUUGGAUGAAAAUGGUAAAUACUUAAUGGUUGAGUUAGUCAACGAUGUAGAUCAAAGCCUAGCAGAAGUUAGAAACUUAGGGAAAAGAAAACAGAAUGAUGUAACAAGUGAAAACUCUAAUAAAAGGGGAAGAACACAAAAGGUUUUAGAAAAGAGAAAGAAUAAGGAAACUGUAAUAAAUAUACCAUUAUCAGAUAUGACUGAAAACCUUGAUAUCUUAAAGGCUAUUGCUGAUCAAAAGCUUAUCAUCUCACUUGAGCAACUGUUUAAAUGGUCACCCAAGACAAGAAGCAAAGUAAUGAAAGCGUUGGCACGAAAAAGGAGAGAGGAUGAUGUCAUAGACAUGGAUGUUAGAUUACGAUUGGUCAAAGGAAAUAAAAUGCAAGAAAGUAAGAAUAAGAUUGUACCUGUGUGGCCCGCAUUGAUAAAUAGUGAUCUUAUUAAUGAUUGUGUAUAUGGAAAGAGAAGAAUAGCAGAUGAUAGAAUAAGUAAAUUCAUAGGAUAUAUACCUCGAGUUGAAGUCAAAAUGGAAGGAGUUAAGACGAAUCAAAGUUUUUAUAUAAUAGAUUCAGCAAGUUUUGAUAAGGAAGACGAUAGUGAUGAUAGAUCAGAUGAAAAUGAUGACGAAGAAAUAAAUCAAGUAACAGCUGUAAGAAGGUUCCAAAUUAUAGAAAACAAGGAACAAACCUCGAACGAUAAAGAGGAAUUGGAAACUAAACAAUCAGAAUUGUUAAAGCCAGUAGUACUACAAAAAUUAAUGAUAGAAAAUACGAAUUUACUUAACUAUGGGUCCAAUCUCUCACCAGAAGAAAAAGAGUAUAUUAAGGGCUGA